AUGGAUGCUGUGGAACUUGCCAGAAAGCUCCAGGAGGAAGCCACCUGCUCCAUCUGCCUAGAGUACUUUACGGACCCGGUGAUGACCGUCUGCGGCCACAACUUCUGCCGGGAGUGCAUCCGGAUGACCUGGGAGAAGGGGAAAGGGAAGAAGGGAAGGAGGAAGCGGAGAGGCUCCUUCCCGUGCCCCGAGUGCCGGGAGAUGUCCCCGCAGAGGAACCUACGCCCCAACCGCCUGCUGACCAAGGUGGCCGAGAUGGCACGGCAGCACCCCAGCAUCCAGAAGAAGGACCUGUGCAAGAUCCACCAGGAGCUGCUGAAGCUGUACUGCAAGGACGACCAGAGCCCCCUCUGUGUGGUCUGCAGGGAGUCCCGAGAGCACCGGCUGCACGCAGUGCUGCCCAUAGAAGAGGCCAUCCAGGAGUACAAGGUGAAGUUGAAGGAGAGCAUAAAGCAUCUGAGAGAUGAAAUGAUGACGAUUGAGAAGCUGCAGAUCAAAGAAGACCAGACCUUAAAGGAAUGGCAGGAGAAGGUGAAGCUCCAGAGAGAACGCAUCCUGGUGGAGUUUGAGAAAAUGAGCCUCUUCCUGGCCGACGAGGAGCAGCGCCUUCUCACGGUCCUGAAGAAGGAGGAGGAGGAGACCUCGGAGAAGCUGCGGGAGAACAAGGCCAUCCUGGAUCAGCAGAGCCACUCCCUGGAGACGCUCCUCCUGGAGCUGGAGGACAAGAACGAGCACUCGGCCCUGCAGAUGGUCCAGGUGAGACAGGGCGACCUGUGUCCACUGGAGGAAAACAGCCUGAAGACGCAGUACCCAGAGGCCGUCCCCACCGUGCUGAAGACGGUGUGCAGGGUUCCUGGGCAAAUAGAGAUGCUCAAAAGUUUCCAAGUGGACGUGGUGCCUGACGUGGAGACGGCCUACCCUCACCUCGUCUUGUACGAGAGCCGGCAGCGCUGCUACCUCAGCUCCCCGGUGGAGAGCACGCUCCGCAACAGGGACAGGUUCCUCGCCUACCCCUGCGUGGUGGGACAGAAGACCUUCUCCUCGGGCAGACACUACUGGGAGGUGGGCAUGAAUCUCACCGGGGACGCGCUGUGGGCCCUGGGCGUCUGCAGAGACAACGUGAGCCGCAAGGACAGGGUCCCGACAUCUCCUGAGAACGGAUUCUGGGUCGUGCAGCUGUCCAAGGGAAAGAAAUACUUGUCCACCAUCUGUGCUUCCACCCCCUUCACGUUGAUGGAGCCGCCCAGCCACGUGGGGAUCUUCUUGGACUACGAGGCCGGCGACAUUUCCUUCUACAGUGUGAACGACGGAACACACCUGCACACAUACUCCCAGGCCACCUUCUCUGGGCCCCUCCAGCCCUUCUUCUGCCUUGGAGCACCUAAGUCGGGCCAGAUGGUGAUUUCUACGGUGACCGUGUGGGUUAAGGGAUAA